AAUCCCCAAUUUCUUUACCCAAAGCCCAUUUGAGAUAAUGGAGCCUAAUCAGUUCUCUGUUUACUGUGAAGGGAAAGGGGAGAAUGGGAGCAUUGAUUUGGGGCUGAGCCUGAGAACGCUGCAGCCAGAGGUGGUGGGAUCAAUAGAAGGGUAUGGGGAGGAGGAUGAGCAUGGGAUCAACUGGGGGGCGGCGGAUCACACGGCGGCGGAUCUGUACAUGAACAUCAACAUCAACAUGAAACAUAGUAAUAAUAAUAAUGGAGUGGUAGUAGUAGAACAAGAUUACUACUGUUGUGAGGAGGAGGAGGAGGCAGAGGAGGUGGUGCAGAGCAAACAGCAGCGCUGGGCUUAUGUCAAAGUCAAUAUGGAUGGUGUCAUUGUUGGUAGAAAAGUUUGCAUCUUUCAACAUGGCUCCUAUUCCAAUCUCGCACUUCAGCUCGAAGACAUGUUUGGAUCAGGUCGACAAUGUGAAUCUGGGUUGAAAUUGUUUGAGAAUGAAUCUGAAUUCUCACUCUUUUACAAAGAUGGAGACGAAAAUUGGAGGAGUGUUGGUGACGUCCCGUGGAAGCAAUUUGUGGAGGAUGUAAAGAGGCUGAGAAUUGCUCGGAAAGAUGAGGGUUUUGUUGCCAUUCAUCAAAAUUAACUUAAAAACUUUCUUAAUGGAAUUAUAUUUUGUGUUACGUUGGAAGCUUUGGAUAAAUUAUCUAAUUUUAAGGAACCUUUUAUAACAAAAUCUUCCAAUUAUUCGUGUUUA